GGUCACGCAAUAUUGAACUUGUGGAGAGAAUGCAUGAUUAGGCUGUUUUUCGCAUUUUGUUACACAUAUACAGGUAAUUACAAAUACCGUAACACAUAUAUAAAAGCCAUGUAUUAUUUAUAUACUGAAUAAUGAACAAUGUAUUAAAAUUUACUUAUUCUGAUACAACACAGAAUUUAAAGACUGAAUUACAAAUACCGUAAAAUUAUAAAGCUUGUUCUGAAUAAUGACGUGAAUCGCUACAAAAUUUACUUAUUCUGAUACGUCAACACAUAAUUUAAAGUGACUGUCGACGGAGGUAGACUAGUCUGCAUACUGACUGACGAGGCUGAUAAUAAUAACUUUAUUUAAGUCUCAAGCUUUUAGCUUAGCACAAGUGUUGAAACUAACAGGGAAACAGGUUCGAUUAAAGUUGUGAUCGAAAGAAUCUACAAGCGGGAGAAAUCAUGCUUUAAAAGAAAUCAAAGUAAAUCACUUGAACAUCAUUCGAGUUGCCGAAUAAACAAACACGCAAUUCUAUUUUUUCCCGCAUCGACUCUCUACUGCAAUCAUUAAAGGGGAAAAAUAAUAAUGAGAAAAAACAUAACAAUUCCUGAAAAUUAUGUUGAUGGGCCAGUCCGCAAAGGACUUACAUUGCAUUUCAAUGCGGACACCUGAGUCGAUGAAAGAUGGGUUAAUAAUAUAUUUUAAAAAAAAACUAUUUAUUUUGUUUACAAUUUUUUCCAUUUGUCAGUGCCAGCUGAAACACUUUGAGGCUUUUUGUGGCUGAAUUAUUGGUGGAAAAGGAAAUAAUCGCCCCAUAGUUCGCCCCAUGUAAUUAUGGGGAAUCCGGGAAAUUUUCGCUUGUGGAAGUGGUGGAUUUUGGUCUUUGGAAUCCGGAAUACAGAUCAAGUAAUCCGGAAUCCGGAAUCAACGGCGCGGAAUCCAGAAUCCACGACUGGCUUGGAUUCCCUGGAGGUGGUUGCUAGGUUUUUAGGUGCCAGUAAGCUUGAUCAAGCUGAACUAAUAUACUUUGUUAACGUUGCUGUGGUUUUUAAAAGUACCAAUUUACUACUCACUCAAAUGCGAUGUGAAGUGCAAAUCCUUUCCUUCCUCAGAAUGAGUUGUACAUGUGCAUAAGAAUAAAAAAUCCUCUUCAUAUUAUGGCUUUAGCCAAGUGUUGAAACAGAGGCUUAAUCGAAUUUCGUUCGAUUAGGUAUGCCGGGUUGUACACCAGAGUUCUGGAAGGGUCUAUUUGUUUAUUGGGAGAGUCUGUUUUAUUUUUCUUUUCCAGGAGUAGCUUAAUCAAUUAAAAGUAGUACUCAGGCAAAAGCAGAAGUCGUGAUUUAUACGUUGUGCUACGUUGUGAGGUGUCGACUGUUCGGACCUUUCUUUUUACAGGAUCGUCUGGGGACCUAAAAUGUCACGCCUGUUAGGAACAUGUCUGCUAUGGAGCAUAGUAGCUGCACUCUACAUUCAGCGUGCCAAAGCAGACAUCCACAUUCCCUGCCCAAGUGUGCCGAGGGACUUUUAUCCCGGAGUUGCACCGCAGAAUUCAUCACCUCCUUAUGUACUUAACGUGACUGAUAAAGAUGGUCGGCCUCUUCAUGAUUUUCAUUUCAUCGGUAGCGAAGCUAUACACACAAGUAAGAUAUCCAGAUGGUUUAUGUGCAUCUAUAAAAUAUGCCGAAUUUAAGGCCUUCAUAAAGUGAGAAGGUACAUUAGUUAUUAAAAGGAGCACUCGGCAAAGAAACCUGAUUUUUUGGAUUUCCUAGACACAAUCAAAACCAGCAACGGAUUCCAUAGACUACGAGUAGUCCCCAUUUUUCCUCAGGGAUAGUAGAGCGAGCGAAACGAGAGCACGCGUGAAAAUCACCCCACGCGAGAAAGGCGAGACGCGGCGGGGAUAGAGAGUUUGGGCUUUGUCUUUUCUCUCUCACCGCCGUGUCUCGCCUUUCUCGCGUGGGGUGAUUCUCACGCGCGCUUGCGUUUCGCUCGCUCUGCUAUCCCUGAGGGAAAUGGGGACUACUCGUAGUCUACGGAUUUCAUUUCUGGACCUGUUUCAUUGAAAUCCGCGAAGAACAAGGAUUCUGUGUGACAAAAUCCGUCUUUGGAUUUUGCGUUCCGUGUGCGUGGGUUGAGGUAAAAGGGGCGGGCUAAAAGAGGCUGCUCGUAGUUAAUCGCUUUUCCUCUAGUUUUCAUGCUCUUUUCUUGCAGGAACGCCUCCUUAAGAGUUAUGUUUCUUCACUUUCUUCAAUAGGCCAUAUCCGAGUUCCCCGGUCUCUGUAUCAAAACGAGGUUAAGUGCUCAGCCUUUGAUAUGGAAAUCAUUUUUCAUUCUCAUGCAAAUAAAACUCAUUUUCACAAGAAAGGCUGUGUACUUGGCCUCACUCGGAAGUGGCCUAUUAUUUCUACUGAUCUUUUUUUGCAUCACUGUUUAAGUCUCGCUGAGUGGCAAGCAAACCGGAAAUGACACAGAGAAGUUUGUGGGGUUCAUCAUCAACAUAUACAACGACUUUACGGAUGAACCAAGUGGAGAUUUUGUGACACCCUUGCCUCAGGGAGUAAAGGAAGAGGAAUGUCACUACGAAGGCAGGUCUUACAUUGUAAGUCGCAUACAUUACAUUCGCCGGUAUAAACCAGUGGCGGAUCCAGGAGAGGAGCCUGGGUCCCCCCUUAUUUUAAGACCAAACUGAGGCCCGAAGGGAGACCGCCCCCCCUUAUUUAAGGGAAGACCGGGAUGCCCCCCCCCCCCCGAGGUCUGGAUCCGGCACUGUAAACAGCACCGAAAAAUGUCCUCAUCACAAGUGGUCAAAGCUUACUAGCAAACUGGCAACAUGAGUUCUAGUGAUUUAACUAGGGGCUUUUGUAGUGAUGAAACUAGCCUUAAUUUGCGAAUGUUUUGCUUGAAAUUAUUGACCAGACAAUCUUAAGUUCUCCGUUUAACCGUGCUCUGGUCUGUAUUUAAUACUUUACUGUUUGGUUUCACAUUCUACUAUGUUUUUUUUAAACAUAAUCAAAGUGAACAUGAUUUACAGAUCGCCACAUAUAUAAGGUAAUCAGUCUUGCAUUCUGGAUUCCACGGCAUUGAUUCCAGAUUCCGGCAACUGGAUUCUACAUUCCUUGUCACAGGAAAAUGGAUUUUGAUUUUUAAUCAUAUCGUUAGCGGGAUUCCGGAUUCUUUAAGCUGAGUCCAGGAUUCCAAAGCCCAGAAUUCCAGAUUCCGUAUGAUCAUAAACAAAACAUUCUCGGAUGGAGAGGACAAGUCGUUACCCCACGUUGCCAUGGUAGCAAAAUUUUUGGAUGACAACAUGCCGAAAACGUCACUUAAAAAGUGAAUUCGCCCUGUUUCAAACUUUAUCUAUCGUAUUCAAUUUCAUUUAAUUUUCUGGGGUUGAAUCCGAAAGUACCAUAUCAAAGUUUAGGAAAAGGAAAAGGAAAUUUUUGUGUUGUCACCUACUCCAUCAAAGCGGGCGCGAGAAAUGAGAAAUCGUGCAACGACAGCUAAGAGCUUGAUGCACGUGCAAAGUUUUUUGUUUUGCUAAUUAUAAACCUUUUGCUUUUUUGCCGUUCUCGUUGCCGUCGCCGUCUUUGUUGCUUAAGCUCCAUAUUAGUGUGAUCCAGAAAUUUUGCUACCAUGGUAACGUGAUGUCAUAUACUUCUCCUCUCUAUCCCGGGGUCCAAAUUACCUAAACUGGGGAGAUGUAGACACAACGGGAUGUGGGCAGUAAUCUUUAACAAAUUCUUUUCAAAAUAAUAAUUAACCCGAUUAGCUACCUUGCGUGUGUAUAUGUUUUUCUUUUAGAAUGAAGUGGUAAUGAACUCUACCGCAAAGGAGUGGACUAACCUUCAAGUCCAGUGGAAGUCUCCAAAGAAGUCCCCAGCCGGAAAUAUCCACAUAAGGUGAGGAUUGCGGGAUUAAAUUGGGUAAAAGGUUGGUGACGAACGUUGCAACUAGCUGGCGAGACCAUGUAGCGAAGAGACGUUAAGAAUAAGGAGAACAGGAAUGGAACAUUACCGAUGAUCAAGUGUUUUUAAAAUAUUAACACAUUCUAGAUCUUGGUUUAAAUAAAAUCAAAGGUUGCCACCUCCACAACUGACAACAUGUCGCAAACAAAAGUUUGGCAGAUAGCCUUCCAGGCUUUUUUAGAUCGUGGGGCGUCGAAAAGAGAUGUGAGCAGAUAAAACAGUCAGGAAGUAGGGAAGGGGGUUCUUCACUCCACCGUCUGAACGCCCGGUGCAGACUUCUCAUUAAACGGACAUCUUACACUAAACAGAAGCCUCCGCCGCCCAUUUCUUCCUUCCAAGUUUUUUUUCUGUAUGAAACCUGCUUGAUUUAGCCGAUAGCAAAGACCAGCGACUGCGGCUCAUAGUGUCCGCCCGCUUAUAACAGUUUUCAAAAUAAAAUAAAACACAAUAAUACAAUACAAGAUAUAUACCAGAAAAAAAAAAACAAAACAAAAAAAAAAGAAACAGAGCUUAUUGGGCGUUAGUCAGUCUGGAGCAUUGAAAGUGUGUGUAGGUACUUUACUCUGGAUCGAUAUUUUUCAUUCCUUCUAGGGCCAGUGUGAUUAAGGAGUACGGUGUUUACUGGGAUGGAAUCAAUGUGACUUUAAAAUGUACGUUUGAACUCCCUGCACUAAGGCAAAAAUGGCAAUGAAGAGCUUGACAAAUAUGAAACUGGGGUAAAUUGGUGAAAAGUGGAGUAAGUUUGAGGUUGAGUAGGAAGGCUUGUUCCUAUUUCUUGUAAAAAAUCCAUGCCCAGUGUUAAAAGACAUUAAAAAACUUUAAAGACACCAUUUUCACAGGGCCAACCCCCUACCGAGCGUAUUGUUUUCUCGCCCCGGUGCGAGAAUUGGAGGAAUUCCUGAGAGGUUUAUCCGGUGGAUAGCGUUUCCACCUUUUGAACAGCUGGGGCCUGGUGCCUGAUCUGUCAAGACCACGAGAUCAUUAUGAAGAUUAGCACCUUUGGGACCAAGUGGACUGUCAGUAUAGAGAUGUCCGUAAGGCGCGUUUCCUUAUAGGGGUAAGGCAAUAUUUUGAGUCUUAAGCUAAUACUUUACCCUUGAUUUAUUACAGAUAUGUGUCCUACGCCCGGUUGUUAUCUUCCUGAUGGAUGCCCUCACGGUCUUGCCAGAAAUAAAUAUGGAUGCAUAACAUGUGAAUGCGCAGGUGAGUACUGAGUGAAAUGCGCAUCGGUGAUUAACCGUGGAUAUUUACCAAUCAUAAAGGUUGAAAAUGCCGGCGUAAAAAAUAAUCUCUUCUGAAUGAAAUUGUUUUUCAUAAUACGCCACUUGCACAUCUCCCAUAAUGCACCUCAUUUGCCCCCCAACACUUUGCAUAACCUUUGCUUUUCAUUUCUCCUGGGUAUUACAGCCACCCCAUGAGAAAUUGAAAACAACGCUUAUGCAAAAUUUUGGGGGGCAAAUAAGGUGCAUUAUCAUAAAUGGAAAUGUGCAAGAGGCGUAUUAACAUACCCAGGAGGUCCCCAGUUUGGGUCUUAUAUCACAGCGGCCUUCGUUUUACUAAAUCAAAAGGUGUUGCUCUGUCAUCACACUGUGAGUCAUAUAAAAUAGACCGUGUAACACAAACCAACUUCACAAGGCACCCUCAUGCUGGUGUAAUAACAGAAGUAGCCUAACACUAUUGGAUAACGCCGGUGGUGUCAAAAUCUUCUGUGUGCACAGCGAUUUAAUAGGUAGUCAGACUAGCGCAACCCUGGUGGAAACCUUAAGGGUUUAUGAUAUAAAGUGAUUUCACAUGUCGUCACGGUGGCCAUAUUGGUGUCCCAAAACAAUGAAACGGCGGCCAUGUUGAUGUCCUAAGCCAAUCCUCUGGGAGCUAAACUCUUUUCUUAUGCAAACGCUUUCUUUUGUUCCAAUAAAUUUGCAUAGAUGCUGGCCACGUGAGUGAAAACACUCUAUAUAAGCCCCUCAGCGCAACUUUAAAAAUACGUACCAUUCUGGGAUUAAACUGUCCCCUUCCAGCCCGCUUCUAACGCAACAUUUUGUUCCUAGUUAGAAGUUAAAAAGUGUUAGCUUUGGAGGGGGGUAGGUAUCAGAAUCUACUGUCAAGGAUUUUUUUGAAAGAAAUCACCAGGUGCCCAUUAUGUGACUAGUGUGAUUCUUAUUUUCCACCCAUUGAUUUUCAAUCGGAAUUGCAAUAAUUGUCGCGGUCUGCAAUAUAGUACUAUUUGUACGUCUUCCGGCAUACCACAUGCAAUCACAUCCUACGCCUUGACGUCUAUUUUGAGCGUUUUCUGCCUCUGAUCCAUGUUACAACUGUUUUCUUGUUCGCAGGUGUGGCAGCCAUCACUGUCCAGUUUUCCAGUCUCCUCUUCAUUGCGAUCGCCUUGCUUUACAAUUUCAUGUAGAAAUAGACUUUUCCCUUUGUUACUGGCUUUUGGCUGAUCUGUUACAAAGCAGAACAGGGCGAGACGAAGCCGAGUUGUUGUUUCGUUUUUAACCCUUGAGGAAAUAAUGUCUUACGUUUCGUUUUCGAUGCACCUUCCAGAUUUCAAUGCCUCGAAAAAAUAAAACCAUUUGUCGUUUUUAAUUAAACUAAAACGGAACUAGAAAAUCAUGUUGCAGUUUCAAACUAUAUUGAUUCUGGCACAACGUAGGCCCGAUUAGCUACAUUUGCAAAUAAUCAUUUCAACAGACACAAAACUGAAGCGUAUGUUGAGAAGUGAAAUUUUGAUUCAGUUUAAGCAAAGUUGCUCUCUCGUCAGUUAUAAUCUAUUAUUUCAAAAUACACCGAUUUGUGAUUUAAAGGAAAAAAAUUCUUUAAUUUAAAUAUUUAGUUUCACAGGAGUCCAUAAUUAGUUACGUAGUCAUGUACUUGAAUGUUUUUUCCGUGAUGUAUCACUGAACACAGGUUUUGUUUUUUUAAGAA